UUCAUUCCCCAAUUUCCAUACCCAUAAUUUCAUCAUCAAAUUUUUUUGUUCAUCCAUCAACUUUGCGUAAAACAAAAUUUUAUUUAUUAAAUACUUGAAGUUGAAACAAUAAACCAUAAUAAUAUUUCAUUCAACAUUUAACUAAGAUGUCAAUGACAUUAGAGAUAACUAUUCUAUCCGCAGAGAAUCUACAAGAGAACAAAAAGGCCAUAAAAGGAAACACAUUCGCCACGGUUCAAUGCGACGGAAGCAACGACGAAGCGAGUACCACCAAGCUUGAUUCAGAAGGUGGGAGUUACCCUACAUGGAAUGAGAAGUUAUUUAUGAAUGUGCCAAUGCAUGCAAGGUUUGUAACAAUAGAAGUCAAGUACAAAACAAGAGGAAAUAGUAGUUGUAGUGUUGGAGUUGCUAGAAUACCUAUUUCUGAUUUCAUUGGAGGAUAUGUGCAUGAAAAUCAAUUACAGUUUUUGAGUUAUAGGUUGUGGGAUAAUAGAGUUAGGAGAAAUGGUGUUGUAAAUAUUUCUGCCAAGGUAAAGGUGUCCCAACAAAGUUCUUGUUCGAAUUCGAUGCUAUCGAAGGGGAAUGGAGUUCCGGUAACUGGUGUUCCGGUGGCCGGUAAUGGCUCCAAUAGAGUUGUAACAGGAAUUCCAGCUGUUUGGUUAAACUACCAAACAAACCUUUGAAGGGAGCUUUGUUAUCACCGUGUAUAUUAAAAAAAGAAAGUGUGCAUUUUCAUUGACAAAACAAGUGGGAAUUAUUGUAUAGAGUACAUUUAGUUUCAUUAAUUUAGUUUUUCCUAAUUAACUUUCUAUUAAUUUAGUUCAAUAAUUAUUAAAUUAGUUUAAUUAAAAAGUUAAAUACUAAAAAAACAACAACAAUGUUUUUUAGGGAAAGCUAACAUGUGCCCAAUAGCACAAGAUAAUGGAAUAUUUAUAGAAAUAUUUUAUUGAAACGCGAGCAUUCAAUGUAUCAAA